AUGGGGUUCAAAUUCGAAUGGGUCCUCUCGAUAUUGCUGGCAGUAUGGAGUUGUGUAGUUACCGCGCAAGAUGACAUCAAGUCAAUACCGUUGCGAACGCAUAGCUUGCAGACACCAUACCUCGACUCUGACAUGCAGUCACGAUGGUGGGAUUUUGGAGGAAGCACCGUCGUCCGCGCCGAUCAAUACAUCCGUCUCACAGCCCAGCAACCCUCCCAGUCCGGCUGGAUCUUCAGCCGCGUGCCCCUAACCGCGACGAACUGGGAGAUCGAAGUCGAGUUCAAGAUUCAUGGAACAGGGAGCUUGUUUGGCGAUGGCAUGGCGUUGUGGGUCACGAAAGAGCGAGCAGAGCAAGGGCCGGUGUUUGGUAUGAAGGAUCGGUUUGAGGGGUUGGGCAUCUUCUUCGACACGUACAAGAACAACCGGCCCGGCGUGGUGUUCCCGUAUGUCAUGGCGAUGAUGGGCGAUGGACAGACACCGUACGAUCAGGCGAAUGAUGGGAAGGCGAACGAGCUGGCAGGAUGCUCGGCGCGUGGGCUGCGCAAUGCGGAUUUCCCGACCAGGGCGAAGAUCACCUACUUCCAGGACAAGAGCUUGGCGGUGGAAUUGAUGUACAAGAAGGAGGAUGAGUGGACAAAGUGCUUCGAGGUGUCGGACGUCAAGCUGCCUACUGUGACUUACCUGGGCUUCAGUUCCGAGACCGGUGAGCUUUCGGACAACCACGAUAUUGUCAAGGUCGAGACCAAGAACCUCUACUCCCCAAGUGGCUCUUCAAAGGCAGCUGGGAGCAAGGACUACAGCAGAGGCAAGGGCAAGCCAAAGCGACCUUCAAGCAGCGGCGGCGGUUGGGGCUGGUUCUUCCUCAAGGUCGUCAUCUUUGGGCUGGUGGUUGCUGGUGGAUACGUCGGGUUCACUGCCUACAGGGCGCGGCGAGGGAAUCGGUUCUGA